AUGACAUCGGUGCCAAAACCGCUGAAGUUUUUGAGACCGCACCUGCAAACCUUGAAGGACGUGUACGAAAAGAUGAAGGACAAAGAAAACAAGUUUUUGCUGGCGGAUAUCGUUUCACUGUUGGCCAUGACCAACGCAAACGUGUCGGGAGAGGUGCCGGAGUCGCUCAAGUACAGAUUACUAGGAUCGAAGGAGGAUAUUGGCAACUGGGGACACGAGUACGUACGCAAUCUCGCCGCAGAGAUCGGCACCGAGUAUCACCGCCGCAUGGAACAGGACGGAGAAGGGGCUUCGAUGAAUGAUCUGAUGGAUUUGGUUUACGAGAUUGUUCCAUUCCACAUGCAACACAACGCCGAACCGGAAGCGGUUGAUUUACUGCUCGAAGUGGAGAGGUUGGACGUUUUGCUUAAUCACGUCAACGACACAAACUACGCAAGAACGUGCCUGUACCUGUUCAGCUGCGCAAACUAUUUGCCCGAACCGGAGGACGCGACUGUGCUUAAAAUGGCACAUUCCAUUUUCAUUAAGGUUGGGAAAAUGCCCGAUGCCAUGCGAGUGGCUCUCAAAUUGUGUGAGCAGACCAUCAUUGAAGAGACCUUCAAUGCCUGCACGGACUUAGGCAUCAAGAAGCAACUGUGUUACAUGUUGGCUCGCCAUGGACAUCCACUGAAGCUUGAUGAAGGCCCGUGUGAAGUUCCGGAAGAAAAUUUGGACACAUUGCAGAACAUUAUGAGCAACUCGGACUUGACAAAGAACUACUUGACGCUGGCGCGUGACUUGGAUGUCAUGGAGCCCAAGCUCCCCGAAGACAUCUACAAAUCGCAUCUGAUGGAUGUCCGCGCCCCGUCUGGAGCUGCCGUUGAUAGUGCUCGCGCUAAUCUUGCGUCAACAUUUGUGAAUGCGUUCGUGAAUGCCGGUUUCGGUCAGGACAAGCUUUUGACAUCAUCGGAACCUGCGGAUGGCAGCAGUUCGAACGUAAGCUGGAUUUUCAAGAAUAAGGAUCACGGCAAGACGUCAGCGGCGGCAAGCCUUGGUUCUAUCUUACUUUGGGAUGUCGAUGGAGGUCUGCCGCAAGUCGAUGCGUACCUUUACAGCGAAGACCCGUACAUCGUGGCAGGCGGUUUACUUGCUGUGGGUCUCAUCAACACGAACGUUCGAAAUGAAUGUGAUCCCGCUUACGGCUUGCUCUAUGAAAGUGUCACGAAGGAAAACGCAUCAGUUAGGAUUGGUGCUAUCAUGGGUCUCGGUUUAGCGUACGCUGGUACUCAGAAAGAGGAAGUUUCGGAGCUGCUGACAGAGGUGAUUCAUGAUGACACUGCCCCACUCGAAGUGGUCGCCUUUGCGGCGCUCUCCCUGGGUCUCGUUUUUUGUGGCACUUGCCAUGAGGACUGUGUCUCCACCAUCGUACAGACAUUGAUGCUGAGACCUGAAAAGGAUCACGAGAACACUUUCAUGCACUUUUUGUGCCUGGGCUUGGGUUUGCUUUUCUUACAGCGCCAAGCUGAAGUAGAAGCGACUUUGGAAGUGGCGAAAACUCUCCCGCCGCGUAUCAGCGAGUACUUGCAAACGGUUUUAGAUGUGUGCGCUUACGCUGGUAGUGGUAACGUCUUGAAGGUGCAGUCUUUGUUAGCGAAGUGCGGUGAACAUCCCGAAUUCGAAGAGGACGAUGAGUGGAUUGCGGAUCCUCAAAGCGUUGCAGUUUUGGGCGUCGCUCUCGUCGCCAUGGGAGAAGAGCUUGGAUCGGAUAUGGCGGUGCGUGCGUAUGAUCACCUCAUUCAGUACGGCGAUGCGGCCGUUAAAAAGGCCGUCCCGCUCGCAUUUGCGUUACUUCAUGCAUCCAAUCCGAAGCUUGACAUCACCGACUUGCUUGGCAGGCUCAGUCACGAUAGCAAUGAGGAAGUUGCGCAAGCAGCGUGCCUUGCGUUGGGUGUCGUCGGUGCGGGAACGAACAACGCCCGCUUGGCCUCACAAUUGAGACAGCUGAGUAGUUACUAUUACAAGGAGCCCUCUUGUCUGUUUCUCGUGCGCGUUGCUCAAGGUCUUGUGCAUAUGGGCAAGGGUCUGUUGACGCUUUCCACGUCUCAUUCAGACAAGGCGCUUCAUUCAAACGUUGCGCUCGCCGGAUUGAUCAUCACCGCGUUCGCAGGACUUGACAUGAAGCACACGAUUUUGGGCAAACAUCAUUACAUGCUUUACUACCUGUUUGUCGCUGCUCAACCGCGCAUGUUGAUGACGGUCGAUGAACAAGGCGACCCGCUCCAGGUGUCUGUGCGAGUUGGUCAAGCUGUCGAUGUUGUUGGACAAGCCGGUCGACCAAAGACGAUCACUGGUUUCCAGACUCAUAAUACCCCAGUUCUUCUCGCAGUUGGUGAUCGUGCGGAGCUGGCGAGUGAGAAGUAUAUCCCACUCACACCUGUUUUGGAAGGAGUCGUCAUCCUGAAGAAGAACCCGGGGUGGGUCGAAGACAUGGAGAAGUAG